AUGAGCACAGAUGGGGAAAUGGCAAUUUUUGGUUCAGCUGCCCAGUACUUGCGUAAGUCUGAGAAGGAGAGGAUAGAGGCUCAAUCUCGGCCGUUUGACAGCAAGAUAGCGUGCUUUGUCAGCGAUGAGAAAGAGCUGUAUGUCAAGGCUGAGAUCCAGGACAAGGCAGACGGCAAAGUCACUGUCAAGACCGUGGAUGACAGAACUUUAACCGUCAAGGAGGACCAAAUGUUUCCCAUGAACCCGCCAAAGUUUGAUAAGAUUGAGGACAUGGUGAUGAUGACGCACCUCCACGAGCCGGCAGUGCUGUACAACCUCAAGGAGCGCUACGCAGCAUGGAUGAUCUAUACCUACUCUGGACUCUUCUGUGUCACUGUGAAUCCCUAUAAAUGGCUGCCGGUCUACAACCCCGAGGUGGUCCAAGCCUAUAGAGGGAAGAAGAGGAUGGAGGUCCCUCCUCACAUCUUCGCCCUGUCCGAUAAUGCCUACCAGUUCAUGCUCACCGAUCGUGAAAAUCAGUCUAUACUCAUCACGGGAGAAUCGGGUGCAGGAAAAACUGUCAACACUAAACGUGUCAUUCAGUACUUUGCAACAAUCGCAGUGUCUACAGACAAGAAGAAGGAGAUGAAUAGUAAAAUGAAGGGGACUCUGGAGGAUCAGAUCAUCCAGGCCAAUCCGCUGCUGGAAGCUUUUGGAAAUGCCAAGACUGUGAGGAAUGACAACUCUUCUCGCUUUGGUAAAUUUAUUCGGAUACACUUUGGCACGACUGGUAAACUGUCAUCUGCAGAUAUUGAAACAUAUCUGCUGGAGAAAUCAAGAGUGUCAUUUCAGCUUUCAGCCGAAAGGAGUUAUCAUAUCUUUUAUCAACUCACCUGCAACAAGAAGCCUGAACUUAUAGAACUGCUGCUCAUCACCACCAACCCCUACGACUUUACCUACAUCAGUCACGGGGAGAUCAGCGUCAAAAGCAUAAAUGACGCUGAGGAGUUGAUGGCUACAGAUGAGGCCUUCGAUAUUCUGGGCUUCAGUGCUGAUGAGAAAAUGUCUAUCUACAAGCUGACUGGUGCUGUGAUGCAUUAUGGGAACAUGAAGUUCAAGCAGAAACAGCGGGAGGAGCAGGCAGAGCCCGAUGGCACUGAGGAGGCUGAUAAAGCAGCAUAUCUGAUGGGCCUGAACUCUGCUGACCUGCUGAAAAACCUCUGCUAUCCCAGAGUGAAGGUUGGAAAUGAGUAUGUUACCAAAGGACAAAGUGUGCAGCAGGUGUACAACUCCAUUGGUGCACUUGCUCGAUCGGUCUACGAGAAGAUGUUUCUGUGGAUGGUCAUACGAAUCAAUCAGCAGCUGGACACCAAACAACCCAGACAACACUUCAUUGGAGUUCUUGACAUUGCUGGUUUUGAAAUCUUUGAUUAUAACAGCAUGGAGCAACUCUGCAUUAAUUUCACCAAUGAGAAGCUGCAACAGUUUUUCAACCACCACAUGUUUGUGCUGGAGCAAGAAGAAUACAAAAAGGAAGGGAUUGACUGGGAGUUCAUCGACUUUGGUAUGGACCUGGCCGCCUGCAUUGAGCUCAUUGAGAAGCCAAUGGGGAUUUUCUCCAUCCUGGAGGAAGAGUGCAUGUUCCCAAAAUCAACAGACACCUCUUUCAAGAACAAACUGUAUGACCAACAUCUUGGCAAGAACAACUGCUUUUUGAAGCCCAAAACGGUGAAAGGCAAGCCUGAGGCUCACUUCACCUUGAUGCACUACGCUGGCGCUGUUGACUACAACAUCACUGGCUGGCUGGAGAAGAACAAAGACCCGCUGAAUGAGUCUGUGGUGCAGCUUUAUCAGAAGUCUUCAGUCAAAAUACUGGCAAUGUUUUAUGCAAGCUUCUCUGGAACAGAUGAUCCAGCUGCAGGAGGAACAAAGAAAGGAUCAAAGAAGAAAGGAGCAUCUUUCCAAACAGUGUCUGCUCUGUUCAGGGAGAAUUUGGGGAAACUCAUGACCAAUCUGAGAACCACUCAUCCUCACUUUGUGCGGUGCCUGAUCCCAAAUGAGACCAAAACACCAGGUGCUAUGGAAAACCGCCUGGUUAUCCACCAGCUACGUUGCAACGGUGUGCUGGAGGGAAUCCGCAUCUGUAGGAAAGGAUUUCCAAGCAGACUUCUAUACGGAGACUUCAAGCAGAGAUACAGGAUUCUUAAUGCUAGCGCGGUUCCAGAGGGACAGUUUAUGGAUAACAAAAAAGCUGCAGAGAAACUGCUGGGCUCCAUUGAUGUGGAUCACACGCAGUACAAGUUUGGACACACUAAGGUGUUUUUUAAAGCAGGUCUGCUGGGCACUUUGGAGGAAAUGAGAGAUGAGCGGUUAGCCCAGGUUGUCAAGUCCACUCAGGCGCUGUGUCGCGGAUACCUCAUCCGGGUGGAGUAUCAGAAGAUGAUGGCUAGAAAGGAGUCAAUCUACACCAUCCAGUAUAACUUCCGUUCCUUCAUGAACGUCAAACACUGGCCAUGGAUGAAGCUUUACUUUAAGCUCAAACCUCUCCUGAAGAGUGCCGAGGCGGAGAAGGAAAUGGCCCAAAUUAAGGUGGAUUUCACGAAGCUCAAAGAAGAUCUGGCCAAAUCAGAAAUUCGUCGCAGGGAGAUUGAAGAGAAAAUGGUCUCCAUUGUACAAGAGAAGAAUGAUCUUCUCCUCCAAGUUCAGGCUGAGUCAGACAACCUGCUGGAUGCAGAGGAGAGAUGUGAAGGACUCAUCAAAAGCAAGAUCCAACUGGAGGCCAAGCUGAAGGAAGUGACAGAGAGACUGGAAGAUGAAGAGGAGGUGAACGCUGAGCUGACUGCCAAGAAGCGGAAACUUGAGGACGAGUCCUCUGAGCUGAAGAGGGACAUCGAUGACUUAGAGCUCACCUUAGCCAAAGUGGAGAAGGAGAAACAUGCUGUAGAAAACAAGGUGAAAAACCUGACUGAAGAAAUCAUGAGCCAAGAUGAGAACAUCGCCAAACUGUCCAAAGAGAAGAAAGCCUUGCAGGAAGCCCAUCAGCAAGCACUGGACGAUCUGCAGUCAGAAGAGGAUAAAAUCAACACUUUAACCAAAGCCAAAAGCAAAUUAGAGCAGCAGGUAGAUGAGCUGGAAGCUUCGCUGGAACAAGAGAAGAAGAUCCGAAUGGAGCUGGAGAGAGCCAAGAGAAAGCUGGAGGGGGAUCUGAAACUUGCUCAAGAGUCCAUAAUGGAUCUGGAAAAUGAGAAGCAGCAGCUGGAUGAAAAGCUCAAAAAGAAAGACUUUGAGCUUUCACAGCUACAGACGAAGAUAGAGGAUGAGCAGGCGCUUGGUGCACAGCUACAGAAGAAAAUAAAAGAGCUCCAGGCCAGAAUUGAGGAGCUCGAGGAGGAAACUGAGGCUGAGCGCUCGGCCCGAGCCAAAGUAGAGAAGCAGAGGUCUGAUCUCUCCAGAGAGCUGGAGGAAGUCAUCGAGAGGCUGGAGGAGGCCGGAGGAGCCACCACCGCUCAGGUUGAGAUGAACAAAAAGCGUGAAGCUGAGUUCGUCAAACUGCGCAGAGAGCUGGAGGAGUGUUCCCUGCAACACGACGCCACCUCGGCCGCCCUGCGCAAGAAACAUGCGGACAGCGUGGCUGAACUGGGAGAACAGCUCGAUAACAUCCAGAGGGUCCGACAGAAACUGGAGAAGGAGAAGAGCGAGUUGAAGCUGGAGGUGGACGACUUAUCGAGCAACAUAGAGACCAUGGCCAAAGCAAAGGUCAAUUAUGAAAAAAUGUGCCGCUCACUUGAAGAUCAACUGAAUGAGGCCAAAACCAAAGAGGAAGAGCAUCAGAGACUCACAAAUGACCUUUCAAGCCAGAGAGCUCGGCUGCAGACGGAAAAUGCUGAAAUGUCUCGCCAGCUCGAAGAAAAAGAGUCCUUAAUGUCACAGCUAACUCGGGGAAAACAAGCUUUCAUUCAGCAGAUCGAGGAACUGAAAAGGCUUCAUGAGGAGGAGAUGAAGGCAAAGAAUUCCCUGGCUCACGGUUUGCAGUCAUCUCGACAUGACUGCGAGCUGCUGAGAGAGCAGUACGAGGAGGAACAGGAGGCCAAAGCUGAGCUGCACCGCUGCCUGUCCAAGGUGAACAGCGAGGUGGCUCAGUGGAGAAACAAAUACGAGACUGACGCCAUCCAGCGCACCGAGGAACUCGAGGAGGCAAAGAAGAAGCUGGCACUGCGACUACAGGAUGCAGACGAAGCUGUGGAGGCUGUUAACUCCAAGUGCUCUUCUCUUGAGAAGACGAAGCAGCGGCUCCAGGGAGAGGUGGAGGACUUAAUGAUGGACGUCGAGCGGUCCAAUGCUGCUGCUGUUGCUUUGGACAAGAAGCAGAGAAAUUUUGACAAGGUUGUGGCUGAGUGGAAGCAGAAAUAUGAGGAAGGUCAGGCAGAACUGGAGUCGGCUCUAAAAGAGGUGCGUUCUUCGGACACUGAGAACUUCAAGAUGAAAAACGCCUUCGAAGAAUGUCUGGAACAAGUGGAGACGCUCAAACGGGAAAAUAAAAACCUUCAACAGGAAAUAAUGGAUCUUACUGAGCAGUUAGGAGAGACGGGCAAAACCAUCCAUGAGCUUGAGAAAUCAAAGAAACAGGGUGAACAGGAGAAGUUGGAGGCCCAGAGUGCUCUGGAUGAGGCAGAGGCCUCACUGGAGCACGAGGAGUCCAAGAUCCUGCGAGUGCAGCUGGAGCUGAACCAGGUGAAGUCCGAGGUGGACAAGAAGAUAGCCGAGAAGGACGAAGAGAUCGAACAGCUGAAGAGAAACAGCCAGCGAACCAUCGACACCAUGCAAAGCAACUUGGAUGCCGAAGUGCGGAGCAGGAACGACGCCCUAAGAGUUAAGAAGAAGAUGGAGGGCGACCUCAAUGAGAUGGAAGUUCAGCUGAGCCACGCCAACAGGCAGGCAGCCGAGGCUCAGAAACAACUGAGAACCAUCCAAGUUCAGCUGAAGGAGGUUCAGAUUCACCUAGAUGAUGUCCUGAGAAACAACGAAGACUUGAAAGAGCAGGUGGGCAUGUCUGAGCGCAGAAGCAACCUGGUGCAGGCUGAAAUGGAGGAAAUCAGAGCCGCUAUGGAACAAACUGAGAAGAGCCGCAAGUUAGCCGAGCAAGAGCUGCUGGACGCCAGCGAGAGAGUGCAGCUGCUUCACUCACAGAACACCAGCCUGCUCAACAGUCGUAAAAAGAUGGAGGCUGAUCUGUCUUUGAUUCAGAGCGAGAUGGAUGAUAGCGUCCAAGCAGCCAGGAACGCAGAAGAGAAAGCCAGGAAGGCAAUCACAGAUGCUGCCAUGAUGGCUGAGGAGCUGAAGAAAGAGCAGGACACCAGCGCUCACCUGGAGAGGAUGAAGAAGAACCUGGAGAUGACGGUGAAAGACCUGCAGCAGCGUCUGGACGAGGCGGAGAACCUGGCCAUGAAGGGCGGGAAGAAGCAGCUCCAAAAACUGGAAGCAAGGGUGCGAGAGCUGGAAAAUGAAGUCGAAACAGAACAAAGACACGGCUCAGAAGCUGUGAAAGGAGUGCGUAAACUUGAGCGUAGGAUUAAGGAGCUCACCUAUCAGUCAGAAGAGGACAAGAAAAACAUGACGAGGCUGCAGGAGCUGGUGGACAAACUCCAACUGAAGGUUAAAGCGUACAAGAGGCAGGCAGAAGAAGCUGAAGAGCAAGCCAACACUCAUUUAACGAAGCUGAGGAAGGUGCAGCACGAGCUGGAGGAAGCCGAGGAGCGUGCUGACAUCGCCGAGUCCCAAAUCAAUAAGAUGAAAGUCAAGAGUCGUGACAUGGGCAAGGUGAGUCAGUCAGCUCCGGACAAAAGACAGUGGAGAAUAAUUAUUGGCUGCCAGAGAGAAGAUAAAGUCUGCUGUGCUGUGUCUCUGUAG